AUGACAACGGAAGAAGUUGAAUUGCAGCAGGAUGGAGACGUAAUACCUCCUGCAGCAGAGCGCAGCGUUGCUUCACAUGUGAGGCAGACAGGGCAGAUCUUGAUCCCUGCUCUAGCUCAGGUAGCAACCACUGCAGAGGCAAGUGAGCCUGCAGAAUCGGAAGGUGGAGUGGAUUCCCACAAGUGGCGAGAAAUCCUUUCAUGUAGACCUUCCUAUAGAAAAAUACUGAGUGAACUUUCCUCUGAUGUGCCUGGUAUUCUCGAGAUUGAAGAAGAAAAAUCAGAGAGAGAAGGAAUGCCACCUACCAUUGCUACCAUGGCAGUGACAACUAGCAUGUAUCAGACUAGCAUGGGACAGUACAGCAUGUAUGCAACCAUUCCAUUGAUAGAGACGAGCUUUCGACUGCCCUAG